CACGACGACGGAAAUUCUUUUAUUAAGCAAAAGUUUAUCUACAACGUUACAGACUUCUGACGUGACGAGUUCCCCCCCUAACAACACCACCUCCGCUAUGGCAGACAUGUCAUGGACCCAGUUCAACAUCAUCAUCCUGGCAGUCAUUUUAAUCGUGGUGGUCCUGUUGAUGGGUUUCGUAGGGGCAGUGUACGUCUACAGGGAGUACCAGAACCGGAAGCUCAACGCUCCCUUUUGGACCAUCGAACUGAAAGAGGACAACAUCAGCUUCAGCAGCUACCACGACAGCAUCCCAAACGCCGACGUCUCCGGACUCCUGGAGGACAAUGCCAGCGAGAUCACACCCAAUGGCCAGCUCUCGUUGUCCGCUCCCAUCCACAGUUACAAGCCCUGAAGGUCAAGGUCAUCCAUCC